AUGUCUGUGUCGUUACCAUCCGGCGACAUGCUUGAGACAUCUCCGGGAUAUCCAUUUGAGGAAAUUAAUUAUGAGGACAUUGAAGUAGAGGAGGUAGUGGGGAGAGGAGCUUUUGGAGUGGUUUGCAGAGCCAAUUGGAAAGGUAAAGACGUUGCUAUCAAGACCAUUGAAAGUGAAUCGGAGAGAACAGCCUUCUUUGUUGAGCUCCGGCAACUUUCGCGUGUAAAUCAUCCCAAUAUUGUGAAGUUAUAUGGCUCUUGCAGCAACCCAGUCUGUCUUGUCAUGGAGUAUGCUGAAGGAGGCUCACUGUACAACGUGCUGCAUGGUGCUGAACCACUACCCUGUUACUCUGCUUCCCAUGCCAUGAGCUGGUGUUUACAGUGUUCCCAGGGUGUGGCCUACCUCCAUGGCAUGAAACCGAAGGCUCUGAUCCACAGGGACCUCAAGCCACCCAAUUUGCUGCUUGUUGCUGGUGGCACUGUACUCAAGAUAUGUGACUUUGGAACGGCAUGUGACAUUCAGACUCAUAUGACAAACAACAAAGGCAGUGCAGCAUGGAUGGCCCCAGAGGUAUUUGAAGGUAGCAAUUACAGCGAGAAGUGUGAUGUGUUCAGCUGGGGGAUCAUUCUCUGGGAGGUGGUCACACGCAGGAAGCCCUUUGAUGAAAUCGGAGGACCAGCGUUCCGUAUUAUGUGGGCUGUGCACAAUGGCACAAGACCACCUUUAAUCAAAACUUUACCCAAGCCAAUUGAAAAUUUGAUGACCCGCUGCUGGUCUAAAGAUCCUUCUCAGCGGCCUUCCAUGGAGGAGAUUGUGAAAAUCAUGACUUAUCUAAUGCAGUACUUCCCAGGGUCUGAAGAACCCCUGCAAACUCUGUAUCAAUAUUCAGACGAUGGCCAGAGCAACCCUGCAACUAACACGGGUCCAUAUGCGGACUCCACUACCAACAAAUGCGAUGCCAACAUUGAGCACACUGAUUCUCAGAGAAGUAACGACACUAUUAAGAGUGCACCCCAAUUUGCAGCUCACUUCAAGCCUAAGGGAGACCCAUUAAGGUCACUGCCUCUAUCCAGAGGGGGUAGUUUUGAGAGUCUACCUGCUCGAUCUUCUGACAAACGAAUGAGUGCUGACCUUUCAGAGUUGGAGCUUAAGUUGUCGGGAUGUAUACCAGCAGCACGCCCGCAGUAUAAACGAGGUCACCGUAAAACAGCAUCCUAUGGCACCAUUCUGGAUGUUCCCAAGAUCGUCGUCACAGCCACACGUGAACCUCAAAGGCGCCGUUCUGUUCAAGAUUUGCCAGGCAUUGGCAUUGAGUCCACCCAGGGAAGUAUGAAUAGUAGCCGUUCUUCUAGUCCCAGUGUGAGGAUGCCUCCUGACAAGGGUAACAGCAGGGGUUACUUCUCCCCUGAUGACUCCGCAGACACCAACGGCUCAGACAAUUCAAUUCCCAUGGCUUACCUCACCCUUGAUCACCAGCUGCAGCCACUUGCUCCUUUCCCCAAUUCUAAAGAGUCCAUGGCUGUGUUUGAGCAGCACUGCAAAAUGGCACAAGAAUAUCUAAAAGUGCAAACAGAGAUCGCUCUGUUAAUCCAGAGGAAAAAGGAACUCAUUGCUGAACUGGACCAAGAUGAGAAGGACCAGCAGAACACGUCCCGUCUGGUGCAGGAACACAAAAAACUACUGGAAGAGAACAAGAGUCUAUCCACAUACUACCAGAAGUGCAAAAAACAGCUGGAGCUGAUCCGGGUCCAGCAACAGAAGAGACAGGGGACUUUGUGA